UGUGACAUGAUAUGAAAAGUUUAUCUUUAGUUUAAAUUCCAAAUUUAAAGUGUAUAUUGAAAAUUGUUACAUUGGUGGUUAUAAGUAGUUUUACUUUAUGAGUAUAAUAUUGGCUAUUUUGCGAAGAAUUGUUGAAAGAGGUUAGUCAAUGGUUAUUGCUAAAGAUUAUUUUUGAAAAAAUUUCCUCUUUCAUAGUUAUGAUUUUAAAAACAACAAAAAUAUUAAUUUUUGAGAUAAGUUAAAAAAUACAGAAUUGAGGAUAACCAUCAUUAUGGCUGACGAUAAAAUACAAUCAUUGGGAUUGGUUGUUCGUGCUCUUCGAAAACUUGCAGAAAAUCAUAAACCAACUCCAAAGCAAAUUUUAAAUUUUAUGGCUCAAAAUUAUAAUAUACCGAAGGAAAGAAUUAAAAGACAGUUGGGCUCAAUAUUGAAACGAUGUAAAGAAUUUGGAAUUUUGAAGAGGACGUUUGGACAUAAAACACCUGUAAUCGAUAAACCGGCUUGUUGUGACUGUAAAGAUUGCGUUGGAAAUUGUGGAUAUUGCAGCAAGAAGGAUAAAGGUGCAAUGUCUCGUGGCAAAGAUAAAAGAAAAAUGUGUAAAGGAUCAAGGCGAAAAACAAUGAAACGUCAAUCAUGCAAAACAAAAUCACGGAAGUCAAAGGGUUCGAGAAGAAGUUGUUGAAUGAGGAAAAUAAUGAAACUGUCUAAUCAUUAAAAUUCCCUACUGUGUAUUGUAAAUCACAUCAUUGACGCAUAUCUCGCAUAAUAUGUAAAAAAAAAAUAAUACUCUUUGCAAAAUUUUGUCAAUUAGUGAAUCUGUUUUACAUUUAAAACGAAUAAAUCUAAAAAUUCAAUUAAUUUUAUAAAUAAUAAAUGGAAUUCGGAGAAGUUUCAAGAAUAAAUUGUGUGCGUAAAUAUUUGUGAAUAAAUUUCCUUUAGGUUCGUCAGAAAACCCUCGAGAUUCAAUUUUGCAUCUUGUUUGCAUUAGAGUUUGAAUAGGGAAGUGUUGACAUUUGAAUUUAUGUAUAGUGAAAAAUCGAUUGGAAGCUAGGCGGCUGAAAA